AUGGUUCAGAGGGCAACGAGUACUUUACACUGGAUCGGAAGUGCAUUAAAAUAUUCCCUCCCAAACUCUUCGAAUGACUUUGUGGCGUCCUUUUACUACUACUACUACUACUACUACUACUACUACUACUACUACUACUACUACUACUACUACUACUACUACUACUACUACUACUACUACUACUACUACUACUACUACUACUACUACUACUACUACUACUACUACUACUACCACUACUACUACUACUACUACUAA